AUCAAGAGGUCGUCGUACAUACCGGGCGGACACGUGUGCAUCAGUUACGACGACAUAAACCGCGCGGUGGGUGAGGCCCAGGGUCUAGUGGGCGGCUACGUGCCCGAGGAGGUGCACGAACUGUCCUCCGACUACCCGAAACCGCCGCACAUCGCCGUCGUCUCAGAAGUCCUACAAAAGGCGUCCCAACUGUUGGCCAAGUGGUACGGACUGACCAAAACGGCUGUCCUGUUCGGACUGCCCCGUAUCGACACGUAUAAGACGGCCGUACGCGACAUAUGCCCCACCUUUUUGAAGCCCGUCAAGUGCGAGCUCAGCAAAUAUCGUACGCUCACCGGUAUGUGCAAUAACUUGGACUACCCGAGCUGGGGCAGUGCCAGGUCGUCGAUGCUCCGGUUCCUACCCCCUGAUUACGCUGACGGUAUGUAUGUGUGUGUGAGUGGGGGUGCGUUCGCGUCCCCAUACGGCAUUACUGAACCCAAGCGCGCGAAGGACGGCACAGCCCUACCACCCGCCCGACUCGUGUCGUUCAUAUUGCACCAGGAUAUCAGCGCUCACGACCGGCACAUGACAUACCUGGCCAUCGCCUGGGGCCAGAUGAUUGACCACGACUUGACACUAGCGCCGUCGCCCACGGACGACAAGUCCGAGAGCAUCAAGUGCUGCGAACACCCGGCCCCACAACAGCACCCCUCCUGCUAUCCCAUUCAAAUCCCGGCCAACGAUCCCUUCUAUAAGUACUUCGACCGGCAGUGCAUGGAUUUCCUGCGUUCCCUACCCGGCGUCAAACCGAACUGUCCGUUAGGGCCCCGGAGCCAACAAAACUCCAUCUCCUCGUUCAUCGACGCCAACUUCAUAUACGGCUCCACCCAGGAGGUGGCCACACGGCUCCGGGAGUUCAACGGGGGUCGCCUCAAGUCGUCGCCCAUAUACGCCGAGUUGGGUAUGAAAGACCUGUUGCCUAUGAAGGUGAAGGACCCGGAGCUCGGCUGCGAGCGCACCGGUAGACCCCAUAAUCUCUACUGUUUCGAUGGCGGGGAUGAGCGCCUUAACGAACAGUUACAGCUGACGGUCAUUCACACGGUAUGGAUGCGGGAACACAACCGGAUAGCCGACGCCCUCCAGCAUAUUAACCCCCAUUGGGAUGAUGAGCGCCUGUAUCAGGAGACCCGGCGUAUUAUUGGAGCGGUUGUACAGCAUAUCACAUUCAACGAGUUCCUGCCGCUCACGAUAGGCCGGAAAGCGAUGGCUAACUAUGGGUUAGAUUUGAUGCCCAAAGGCUAUUAUAAGGGCUACGACCCGAAGGUGAACCCCGGCAUUAGGACGGCUUUCCAGGCGGCGGCCUUCCGGUUCGGCCACUCGAUUCUGCCCGAUGUUACCGAACGCUACAAUAAGUAUCACGAAAAGAUUGAGUCCAUACGGCUAUCAUCGCUACUCCGACAGCCGUACGAACUGUACAAACCAGGAGCCGUCGACUCAUUCAUGUUAGGCCUCAUCAACCAACUGACCUACCGUAUGGACAGCGAGAUCACCACCGAGGUGACCAACCACCUGUUCGAGAAGCCUGGUGAAAAGUUCGGCCUCGACCUGGCCGCCAUGAACGUGCAACGGGGUCGCGAAAUGGGCGUACCAGGGUACAACGAGUACCGGGAGUACUGCGGCCUACCGAAGCUCAAGUCGUUCUACGACCUGAACGGCCUGUUCCCCAAUAAGACCAUCCAGCGCUACCUGUCCCUGUAUAAGGAGGUGGACGACCUGGACUUGUGGAGCGCCGGCAUCUCGGAGUACCCGUUGCCGGGCGCUCUCGUGGGCCCCACUUUCGCCUGUAUUAUCGGCGAACAGUUCUCACACGUGCGACGGGGCGACCGGUUUUGGUACGAGAAUGAGGGCUGGCCCUCGCAGUUCACGCACGAGCAACUGACCGAGCUCAGAAAGGCUAAACUAGCGAGGUUACUGUGCGAUAGCUCCGAUGAUAUACAUACUAUUCAGUUGUAUCCCAUGCUUAAAGCUAACCCUAAACAUAACCCCCGGGUCGAGUGCCAUGUAUUGCCAACCAUCGACUUGACUCAAUGGAGAGACUCCAGUGAUUACAUGUCCAACGAGUAUAAGUCGGCCUAA